GCCACAUCGUCAGUGGCCACCCACUCCUUCCAGUCUGUCUCAGAGUGAUAGCACCACCAUUGACCUGAAGGAGAUACGAUACGGCAGAUUCUGCGAACCCCAUGGCUGAACCGCAAGUGUGUCUUGCCUGCAACAAGCCCAAGGCUGAACUGCCCAUUGGCACUCGCUUGAAAAGAUGUAGCCGAUGCCAAAAGGUGACUUACUGCUCCAAAGGUUCGUCAAUGUCAGGGGUGGCCACUCUCCCCAUGAAUCACUUACCAGUAGCUAUACAGAAUGUCAGACAACCCACUGGCCGCAACACAAAACCGUGUGCCGACGACCAGACGCCAGAAACACCAACACUAACCCCAGGCCCGUCCGCCCUCCUCACCCUACCAUGAUGGACUUCUUCAAGGAGUUUGAUACGGAGUCAAAGACCUAUGAGAUGCUCAUCGAUGUCUUUCGCCUACGCUGCGACGACGACUAUGCUCACGGCACUCAUUACCAUGGCAUCUACGGACAGAACACGCCGCUCCCCGUCUUCCACGAUUUCCUGGCUCGCGCGAAGGCCGCAGGAAUGUUGCCCCAAUGGUGGAAUGAAAACAAGGAGAAAGAGUGUGUGCGGAUGGCAAUGGAGGACGAACACUUUAACAUCAAUUUUGCGGUGGAGAAGCACGACAUCCAGGAGCACUACAAGGACAAUCUCAUGCCUAUGUCGCUGCGGAUGGCAGCAGAAAACGUCUAUGGCGGCGGGUAUGGGAUGGGGCAGAGACCAAUGCCAGAGGACUAUGAGUGCCAAUGUCGGGGAUUUGGGGAGGAUGUCUAGCGCGGGAGAGCAAAUUUGGUCCUGAUUGAGGGUGCAUUGAACGAGGCUAACUUGGCCACAGGCGUUGGCAGUUGAGCACCGCCUUCGUUAUGCCUUCGUCACACCUUUUGAUCCUUGGAACACUGGGGACAGCGCUGUAGAAGUCACCGCCGGAAAAGAUACUGAGAACGAGCACUCUUUGCCUUGUGCCCCUCCUGUGCUGCUGGCGGUAUUGCCUUGGCUUAUGAAGUGAGUGCGCGGAUCCUCAGUAGCGUUGGUUGGUAGCUGAAGUAUCCAGUCGCCUGUCAUGACGAUGGUAAGAAGAACCAGCGGUUUCCUAAAGAAAUUCCAGCCAGGGAGCAGGCAUUCCUACAGGGCGAAGCAGCUUCGCUCUCUUUUGUCAAGCAGAUGAACCCAUUUGUCAGACUACGCAGUCCCCAGGGUAUACAGGGACACAGCAAUUAAAUG